AUGACCACGAAAAGAGUUAAAGGGUGUGAAGAUGACGAUAAAUCUCAGGUAAUCGGAGUGAUCCGAAGCUCUUGGACUGACUCCGUCGAGCUAGAGCUCGACUUCGUCUUCACAAGUAGCUCGGACAGUAAACAGCUGGAUUUUGGACAAGGAUACUUGGUGGGCUCGAGAUUAGAGCCCGACUUCGAGUAUCCCACCUCUUGGAAGAGAGAACGAUUUGCAAAGUCGGCUGCCACUCGUUGUGAGCAAGCAAUCCAAUCUAGAGCUAAUGGAGUUGUGGAGAUUGUCCACGUUGCGGUUGAAUAUACUCUUCGUGAUGAAGUAGUAGGUCAGGUUCUUCAUGCUGCUAUCGGGGAUGAUACCCGAGUGACUCAUUUGAGACGAACUAUCUCGUUGAGGUCGAAUAGCGAACAAUGA